AUGGCGCGUCUUACAUCGCUCACCCUCGCCAGUGCCACCUUUGUCUGCCUCGUCACAGGUAUCAGCCUCCCUCCACCAACAGGCCCAUACAACGUCGGAUCAAAGCCCUACGUGCUCAAUCACACAACCCUCAAUGACCCAAUUGCGCCAAACAAUAUCAGCACCUCUAUAUUGGUCAACGUUUAUUACCCCACACACGACUCGGCCCCGCUUCAGAAGUAUAUCUGGAGAGGGCUUGCCGCAACUUACGAGACUUACUAUAAGCUUCCACCCGGUACUUUUGGCAACACUACGGCAAACAUCGCAUACAAUGCGACGCCACUCAAACAUGCGGAAUGCGUGAAACUGAAACUACCAACAUUACUCUUUGGACCUCCAUUCGCAGGCCCUGCGAGUCAGAUGUUCUUCGCCCUGAUCUCUGAAGUGGUGAGUAGAGGUUAUACGGUGGUGAGCGUGGAUCACCCGUACGAACAGCCAUAUCUGCAAUAUCCGGAUGGAACCAGCUUCCUUGGUCAUUCCGUAGACUGGUCACCUGGCCCAGAAGUGUACAUACCUACCGAAGUGUACCGCGUCACCGAAAACUCUGCCGUCCUCGAUGCUCUGCCUUCGAUAUCACGGCACCUGAAACUGUCCCUCAAUAUUACGCAUUUCGCCUUCUUCGGGCACUCGUUAGGCGGAAGCGCAGCACUGGCUCAAAUCCCCACUGAACGAAACCGCACUUCCUCCCGCCACAAGAAGUUCCUCGGCACUAUCGAUCUCGACGGCACCGUGUUUGGUCGCGCCAGCGCAAACGACUCGUCUGUCGACGUCCACGCACCUACCCUGCUCUUUGCAAGCUCAAGUCAUGAGCGCCUUUAUGAUCCCACAUGGCCUGUCUUCGAAUCGUGGCAGACGAGCUGGCGUAAAGAGAUUAGAGCACUAGGCAAUAUCAACCACACUGAUUUCUCGGAUCUCAUCUUCCUGAAACAGGCUAAUGGCAUUUCAGGAGGCGGGGCUGCUAUUCCCGCAACAAGGUUUCUCAACGUUACUAGAACUUUUGUAGGGGCCUUUUUUGAGAUGCUGAUAGGUGGCGGGGAGGGCGUUUUGACAGGCGACGCGCAAGUUCAACGCGAGUGGCCGGAGGUAGUAUUUGAGUUUAAUGGAACGGGGAAUCCGUGUGCAUCGGAGUUCGAAAUUCUAUGUUGGGAACCUAACGCUCUUCCUGAAUAGGAC